UAGUACAGUACAGUAUUCGGCCACGGGCGAGUGUACCGCGCUCCGCUUCGUUAAGAAUACGCGGCAAAGAAAAAAUAAAAUAGGCAUAAAAAUCUGUUGUAUAUUUUUAUACGAUUAUGCAGAUACAGACACACACACACAGAUACAGUGUUUUGAUACAGUGCUACUGAAGUGAUUUUAAAGGGAUAUAUUAUACUUCGUAGAUUUCCCUGCCAAUAUCACAAGAAAGUUAUAAGCGAAGCGCCUUAAAUAUUUCAAAAAUAAAGAUUUCAAAAAUGUGGAAUCAUAACAUUCGAAAAGUAUGCUACAUUCUCUUGACGGUCGCCAGUGCGACGUUGGGAAUGAAUAAGAGUUCCAGCUACUGUUGCUCCGGCGAUGAAGAAAUCUGGGUGGACGACGAUGGCCUCAACCAAUGCUUAGACACCAAGACUAAUGCCACGACGAAGAUCACUCUCGCGUGCUUCGACAACAUGACUGCGAUAUUGACAAACAACUCGCACUUCCCGGUUAAACUGGGGGAUGGAGGUAGACUGAUAAUUAUGGAGGAUGAGCUGGCUGAAUUAACUUCUGUUGAAAAAGGCGAUUUCUGCCUAGGACAGCAGUCGGAGAACGGGACGUUGAUACCGUCAGUGGUCCUGAUCUGCUUAGACGCGGAAGAAGAAGAGGUCAUCAGCCAAGACCUGCUGGGAUACUUCAUGGCAGUAUCCAGUGUCUUCCUUGUACUGACUGCUCUAGUCUACUUGGCUCUUCCAGAACUUAGAGACCUGCAGGGAAAAAGCAUAGUCAGCUUAUGCAUCAGUCUCGCUAUUGCCAAUAUACUUAUGUGUAUACUUAAGGUGAUGGCCUACGAGAACAUGACGUGGUGUGCAAUCAGAGGUUUUCUUGCAUAUUACUUUAUAAUAUCAAGUUUUUUCUGGAUGAACGCGAUAGCUGUACAAAUUUUACAUAACAUCAAGCGUUCAACAAUUUGCAGUUACGGCUGGAAGGAGUUCUUAUGGUACGCCCUGUACGGGUGGGGGGUUCCCGCCCUCUUUACAAUUAUAUUGCUCAUCGUUAACUACACUCCGGGUCGCCACGAGAAACCGGGGAUAGGCCACACUCAUUGUUGGUUUCAUGAUCUGCGACGCAUAUGGAUUUACAUGUACAGUGUUAUGACAAUUCUGAUAGCGGCGAAUGUGGCCAUAUUUGUGUACGCUUCAAUUUUCUUGUGGAAGCACACGUUCUCCUCGACACACUUAAAGGCCUUGCGAUACAAGUUCACAAUGAUGUUACGGCUGUUUGUAAUCAUGGGUUUGCCGUGGAUAUUCGAAAUGGUCACCUCAUUGACACCAGUUCACAUUAUUGGAGUGAUUCUGGACAUAAUCAACUGUCUCCAAGGGCUGAUAAUCUUCGUGAUACUGGUGGUGUUUAGAAGGCGGGUGAUCAAGGCACUGCACAAGAGAAGAGCACUGUGCUGUCUGAAUGAUUGGGCUGAGAAAUACUUGGCAUUGGCGGACGAUGAAGAAAAUGAUAUGGUCACGCACACCAUGGUCGUGCCCAUGGAGGAAAAAUGAUAUCCUGUCCAUAUUAUACACAUUUGAUACGAAUACAUUUUAAAAUACGGCAUAUAGGAACGAAGUGGAAUGUGUGGAACUCGAUUUGUGUCACGAAAUACGCCGGUUUCUUAUCUACCCAAACACAUGCUAUUUUAGGUUUACAUAUAGGGUUCUACUAGCUAUAUUAUACAAUGAUGUACAGCAACCAUUUGACUAGAAAUUUGGCUCAAUGCACGGCUUUUUAAGUGAAACCUAAAAGUACUACUUACAUAUUACAUACAUACAUAUACAUAGUGUAGGAGAUGUCACUGUGGCAGGAGAUCACAAGAACACCUUUUGGUCCAAACAAGUGGCUACAAUUAAUUAUUUUGCGACGUUUUUAGUUCCGGUAUUCAGUAUUUAGAGGAUCUUGCAGCUUUGAUAUUUUUUUAAUGUUUCUGGAUAAGUAUUGAAUAAUUUAGAAUAUGUAGGACCAUAGGAAUGGUCAUCACUAGGUCAAAAUAUAAAUAUCUCUAUGCAGUGACUUGAGUCAGUACAUGUUACAUGUUCGAUUUUGUCAAAAAGCACGAAUUUAAAAAAUGCUUUACAAUUUAAACAUUACUUUAUGUAAAAUAGCACGGUUUAUGUUUAAUUAAGCGUAAUAUUGUGUAUUUACUUCUUUUCCUGUUUGAAACUAAGCCAAUCAAAUUAAAUAAAAAAAGCGUUUAGAGGAAUUAAUUCCCAGCAAACUGGAAAUAGGUUUGAUUUAUGCAAACCUCCUGGGAUUGCGCAAACUUGGAUUACACGCAAUUAAAGAGCCAAAUGAAGGUAUUAAAACGAUUUCCAGCUUGCUGGGAAUUAAUUCUUCGAAAAAAUCUAAUUAAAAUUUAGACUAAUCAAGGUUCUCCGGGGUUUUUAGUCUAAGAGACAUUUUAAACUUACAUUGUAACCUCAAAAUGAUAUCUAAUUGAUUAAAUUGGUCUCAGUCGCCCCAAUACAUACAGGGUAAUUUUUGGCCCGUUAGCCAUAUUGUGCGAGGUGAUUAGGUAGGCCAUAUGAACAACUUUUUCUAUGGGACCAACUCCGAAAUCAUAUACCGAUAUCAAUAUCAUAUAUAUGUAUUGUACCGAUUGUUUGUGCUUACGAAUAAAUCAAUUCUACUUUAUUCUAUUUAUAAAAAAAUUUUUGGCCGUUUCAUACAUUUUGGUCAAGUGGAUGUCGACGUUUUCUAUGGGAAGGCCAAACUUUUUUUUGGGAUUUCGGGGUUGGUCCCAUAGAAAAAGUUGUUCAGUAUGACCUACGUAAUCACAUCGCACAAUAUCGCUAACGGUCCAAAAAAGACCCUGUAUAUGGUUCGAACAAAGUACGAGCGAAAUGUCGUAAUAAAUGUUUGAAUUGGCCUCUAAGGCAAGUAUGUAAUGUAAUUUCUUCAUACCGUAACAACAUUGUUUUAACCGAAGAUUAUUAAUAGUUUAGGUUAAGUUAUGUUUGAUCUAGUCUAAUUCGUGCUUAAAGUAGUAAUAAAAUAUGCAUUUACAAUUUUACAUGACUAGAUAUCGCCUUUGUACUUCCAUUACUGUAAUUUAUUUUUGUAAACCUGUGUUGUGUACAAUAAAGUGAUUACUACUACUACUACUACUACUACAUAAUAGAGAAAAAUAAUAUAUUUAUAUAACCUAUUUGGUCCCUUUAUAUGUAAAAAAAUGAAAAAUAUCAUAAAACAAGUGUCAUUAAAAACAUGAUUAUGAAAUAAUAUUAAUCUAUUAUGUUUCUUGUUGAGUUUCUAUUAAAUUAUUUUUCUAUUAAAACGUUAUUUUCCUUUAA